AUGGAAGAUGAAUAUGUUAUGGUUAAUGGCAGAAAAACUGUAAAUAGUUAAGUAAUAAUAUUAGAUUCCCCGUAAGAUGUAUCAAGGCAAUAAGAUCUAUAAUGGAAUAACUCUUAAUUUGCAUUAUUCGAUUGGGUAUUUAUAUAUAUAUGAUUUACAAUCAUUUAGUUUGAAGUAAAGAAUCUAAUCCUAUAUAUUCCAAGAAGAUUCUCUUGUGUAUCUCAAUGGACAUCAUUUAGUCCUGUAUGAUAUCAAUAAAAAGAAAUAGUAAUUCAUUUUAAGACCAAAAGAUGAAGAAGAUGUAAAUUUAUACCAUUAAAGUUUAGGUUGUAGUGAUGAAUCAUUGCGUUAAUGAUAAAAUGAUACUCUCUGUUGGUCUUGGACUUAAGAAUAGUAUCAAAAAUUAUGCAACUGUUAGAGUCUAUAAAACCAAUCAAAAAUCCUUCACUCUUCUUCAUUAACAUCUUCCUUUUGGAACUUAAGUUAAAGAUGUUGCCUUUCUUCAUACUGCUAAAUAUACUAUUACUCUUUGUUAUAAUGCUUCAUCUCAUGAUACCUCAUAUAUUAGUGUCUUCAAAACUAAUACUGAAUAACUCAUUACAUAUUCUGAUGUAGGUGAAAACUAUGUUGGUUUGUUUGGAACCUAUAAAGAUUUUGAAUAGUUCGGCACAUUUGGACCUAAUGUCUUAAAAAUUUGGAAAUUUAAUCCUACCGAAAAAUAAUUGGAUGAUGCCUUCCUCGAUUAUGAAGGAGUUAUCACUCACGUUGUCUAAUCCAAUAAGUAAUUCAUAUUUUUUAUUUAUUAAGAAAAAUAUUCCUUAUGAAUAAAAAAGGAAUCUUGUACUUUUAUCGCAAAAACAAAAUUAUCAAUUCUGCCAAUAUUCCUGAUGAUAUGAAUGAAAUUCCUACUGUUAUAGCUGCUUACUCAGAAGGAGUUGUUGUAGGAUUCGAAAAUAAACCAAUUAUUGCUAUGUAUGAAGCACAUAAAGGAAUUAUAGAAUAUAGAAAACAAUAUCCUUUAAACAUUACUAAUUUAUAAAGACUAGUUUAUAUUCAUGUUGGUAAAGAUGAUUCCUAUAUUUCAAUUACUGCUUAACAUAAAACAAGACAAACAGAAAAUGAAGAAAUAAAUUGUGAAAUAUAUCUUUUUAAUCUUGGAUUUGUAGAUUAUAUAAAUUCUGCUUUUCGAGAUCCUUUUGAGCAACUUUUUCCAUAAGGUGUUCAUAAAAGUAAAAUUUUAAAUGUAGAAUCAUCUCCAUCAAAACCAAUAAUUUGUGUAUUAUCUGAAGAGAGAGUAUUUAAAGUAUGGGAAUUUACUUAUGAAGAAGGUAAAUUUAAAUGUCUUUAUUCAUCAACUCUUCAUGAAGUACCAUAAUGUAUGGCUUUACAUCCUAUGGCAUUUUAAUGUGCAAUAGGUUAUAGAGAAGGGCUGAAAUUUUAUUUUGUUUUGCAUGAUGAACUCAAAUAAGUUUAUUAUGAAUCAUUAAAAUAAUGUAGUGUUGUAAAAUAUACACCAGGAGGAAAUUAAUUAGCUGUUGGAUCUUAAAAUUAAAUAUUAAUAUAUGAUCCAUAUACAUAUAGAUUAAUUUAAACAAUAUCAGGACACAUGGGUACAAUUGCAUCAUUAGAAUGGUGUGAUAAUACUUUGAUAUCUACAUGUAGUUAAGGAUUAGUUAUGGUAUUUAAUUAAACUAGAUUGGUUGAUCAUUCAUUUAAACUUCAUAAAGGAUUUUGUUAAACUUAUGAUCCUGAAUAUGAUUUUCUUAUAGGAAGUUAUUCUGAUAGUAAAGUGAGAAUAUUUAAUGAGAAAGGAUAGAAUUUAUAUUAUGAAAUGGAUAUUUAUCCAACUUAAUAUGUUUGUGUUUAAAUUUUGAGAUUUUUAGAUAUGAUAGCUUUUGGCACUAGUUGUGGUAAAGUGAGAUUAUAUCUAUGGCCAUUUACUUAAUUUAAAGAUGAUUAAGAAAUGUUUGAAUUUCAAUUACAUCAAGGUCCAAUCACAUAAGUUAGAAUGUCUUCUGAUCAAUAAUUUCUUAUUACUGGAGCUGAAGAUGGAUCUAUUUAAAUUUGUAAAGUCAAAGAAUGGUAUGAUGGUAAAGAUAUGACACCUUAAGAGAUGUAAAAGGGAUAAAGAGUUAAUUCUAAAGGACUUGUCAUCUCCAAUCUUUAUAGUUUUAGUAUACUUGCUUUUGUGAGUAAAAAUACUAUUGAAAUGAAAAAAGAUCUUAUAAAAGAAUUAGAUUUUAGAAUUUCUAAUCAAAAAAGUGAUUAAGAAGAUUAAAAAUAAGAUAUUACAUAAAAAUAUUAAAAAUAAGAAAAAGAAUUAGAAUAACAUUAUUAACGUCUUAUUGCUAAUUAUAAGGAAGAAUUAUCUAAUACUAUGGAAGAUAAAGAUAGAAGAAAUAAAAAUUUAGAUCUUGCUUUAGUUAAUCUUAAAAAACAGAAUUAAGUUGAAUCACAUUAAAUUUAAGAAAAAACUGAAAAAGAUCUUUUAUUAUUGUAUUAAAAAAAUGAUGAAGUUAAAUCUAGAUUAUAACUUAUCAAUGAAGAAAAUUAAAAAGUUUAUGAAUAAAAGAAGGCUCAUCUUGAAUCUAUUCGAGCAAAUAUUAAAAAUGAUUAAGAUACUAAAUUUAAUGAUUUAUUUUCAAGAUUUUAAUCAUCAAAAGAAUCUUUCGAAUUAGAUGAAAAGAAAUAUUUAGAAGUAUUCAAAGAAACUGAAAAAGAAUUUGAAUAAUUAAUAAAUGAAUAAAAAGAAAAAAAACUUAUUAAAUUAAAAGAAUUAUUAGAAAAAAGUGAAAAAAUUAGAUCUAGUAAUACUAAAUUUAAAAAAGAAUGUGAUAGAUAUCAAUUAAGAAAAUAAGAAUUACAAAAUAUGAUAAGAGAAACAGAUACAUAAAUAUAACUUGUUACUAAAGAAAAAGAUAAUUUUAAAAAAAUAAAUGAAGAAAAGAAAAAUUAAUUAAAAGAAAGAGAGAGAUAAAUUUUUUAAAAAGAAAAGGAAAUUAAGAAUUAUAGAAAUAAAAAUGGUCAUUUAUAAAAUUUUAAAAAUGUUAAUUCUUAUCGUUUACAAUCCUUAUAAGAAUAAAAAGCACCUCUUUAAGAACAUUUAUCAGAUUUAGACUAAAAUGUCAAAAUAAUGUAUUAAGAGUUGACAGAUGAAGCAGAAGCAGAAAAAAAUUUAGAAAAUUUAAUAGAAGAUACUUCAAAUAAAAUUAAAGAAUUAAAAAAUUAAUAUUUAAUGAAGAGAGAUUCUUUAUUUUCUAAAAGAGGAGAAGUAUAAGAGAUAGAAAAUGAUAUAUUUAAAGUAUUAGCUGAUCCUGAAAUUACUGAUUUUAAAGAAAUGUUGAAAAAUGUUCAUAAGUAACAUUUUAUUACAGGAAAAACAAAUAAAGGUGUUGUUGAUGAAGAUUCAAUCUAUGCUGAAAUUGAAAAGAAUACAGAAACUGCAAUAAGAGAAGAAAUGUUAAGACAAAGAGAUUUCCUGAGCAAAAAAAUAAAUACAAUAACUAGAACUAGUAAAGCUGCUGAUGAAGAUAAAACUAGUUUAAUAAUUAGAGUUUAAAAGGAAAAUACAAAUUUAGUGAAAUCUUGUAAUGAAUUGAGAGAACAAAGAGCAAAUCUCAUAUCUCAUUUAUCUAAUAUGCAAAAGGCAUUAGAUAUAUUACAAAAAGAAAUAGCUUCUUUAAAUAAUGGUGAAUAAAUUGAAUUGUAACCAUCAGAUGAAGAUGUUCCUUUAUAUGUUGAAAAGAACAAAAUUUAAAAGUAAAUAUCUGCUCCUAAAUUAACUCCAUUUUAAUAAUAUCAUCAAGAAAAAGAAAUAUCCAAAGUUAGAAAAUCUGAAUCCUCUCUCAAAAGAGAUAAAGGAUAAUUAGACCUAUAAUAAUUAAUUAAAGAGAUGAAGACUUAUAAUUUAACAGAUUAAGAACUCAGAGUAAUAAUAUAUUUAUAAUUAGGAUUAAGUAUAGCAGUUUUUAAGAAAUGAUGAAUCAUCAUCUAUUCUACCUUAAAUAUUAAAAUAUCCAUUUAAUUCAUCUCAAGAGGAAACUUAAUUAGCUGGUUUAGAAUAAUCCAUUAUCAACACGUCUUUAGAAACAUAAAAACUUUAAUUACCAUUAAUUAAAUAAUGA